CGAUCAUCUCUCCAAGCCCAUGAGCCUCUGCCCUGCGAUCCACAGCUGUCGCUGGCAAGCCGCUGCGAGCGUCCGGCAGCUGCGAUUCACCUGGUCCCAGACAUGCUCGUCCCAGCCUCGACACUCUCCAAGCAUCCCGCCAGUCCGAGCUCCAUCCAUCGCCUCGUCAUGUCGACGCUCGUUUCAUGAUUCUGCCCAAGUCCCAGAGCCUUUGAGCGACACCGCCCGCGACGCCAGCACCUGUGACUUCACACACGAUCUCGGCAUGCAGUUAUCUGCCCUGCUCUCGGCCGACCGGCUCCAAGAUGCUGUCCGCAUGCACCAGUCUCUGUCGCCAGCCUGGCUGGCUCGGGGCCUCUCCAUCCACAUUCCGCUGCCACAGACCUACGGCCUUCCGACCCUCGACCGCUACCGCCGAUUCUUCCAAGCCGUGGCCCAAUCCGUUCCUCUUCGCCUCGAUGCCCUUGCUUCCCUCCAGGCCCACGAAAACGACAUUGUUGCGGCUCUGGGCCGAGGCGAGCCUCUGCGGGCACACGAAAUCUAUGGCGUCCUCAAGUCUUCCGGGCUCGAGCCGACAUUCUUCAUCCUCAAGCGUCUUCUCAGCAGCACCUCCCCAUGGGACUCCAGGAUCCACGCCGAAUUCGCUGCAGACUCGUGGCGCCAUCUGUCCGCCGAUUCGUUGCAGUCACUCAUACAACUCUUGGUGAAAAACAAGAAUGCCGAGGCGUUGUACUUCUUUGCCACUGCAAGCAAUGCCGAAUGGACCUGGGUCCGACCCAGCCUGCUCGCCGACGCUGCUGUCCUUCUUGCUUCGAACGGCUUCAACGAUGCCUUCCAAUCGCUUCUCGCGCCACAGACAGCCUGGUGUGUUUCUCGGGCAUCCAAAGUCUCGCUGGUCCGGACAGUGUACUUUUCCAUCUGGCAAGCGUUCCUGUCGGCCUCCAGCCCCACGGAUCACUCUACCAUCAGUGACUCAGCAUUCAUAGCCAAUGUCGAUUUCCUCGCCGACCAGCUCGCAACUCAGUAUCCCGAGCUUACCACCGAGUUCUUUGAGCUUGCCAUCAAAUCCUGCCUCCAACAUAAAAGUGUGCUCGCUGUCCAGGUGUAUUCGCGAAUGGACUCAAAGUACGGACUCCAUUCGCUCGGUGCCCUGCAUCGCAUUGCGACCCGACUACAUCCUUGGGCUCGGUCCAGCCAUCUCCAGAACCCGCUUUCGCUCAUCGACGGCUGCCUGUUCUUCCUGCGGGUAGCCAGCCAGAACUUGCAUUCAGAUAUCUCGAUUUCAAGCAAGAGCCUCGGCACCGAAGCAACCGCCAAGCAGGCUCUCCGAAAGCUCAUCCUCUUGAUACUUCAGCACGGUGAUGUGGACAUUAUCCAGCAGGUCUUGGAUCGUCUGCAGCACUACGAGCACGAAUCGACGACACUGGCCGAUGGCUCAUCCAAUAUUCAGCCCUACUUUGCCAGCCUUCUCAAGUGGGCUCUCCAUCUCCAGUUGCAUGCACCCGAGACCUGGCAGCGGGUCGUUCAAGAUCGCCUGCUCAGACACGUCGAGCCAGGCUCGCUGUGGGGUCAACAGAAACUCGAAUCCCUGCUCAAGACCGUGCCCGCGCAGCCCCGCGAGCUCCUUUAUCUGCUCCUAGGCUUUGCCGUCGCAUCCCGUAAUCUGCCGUCGGCACAGCGCGUGCUCGGUGAGGCCGUUUCUCGGAACUGCAGCAUUCCUAGAGAGCUUUUUGUCCCAUUGCUCGCUGCCCUCGCUCAAAGGGGUGACGUUGACGCUGUCACCAGCACGAUGGCAGCACUGCACGAUCACGGCGCUGCCCUUGACGGCUCCACUCACAGCCAGCUGGUCAAGGCAUGCAUCAACAACGGAGAGCUUGCUCGAGCUUUCAAAAUCCUGACGGAUCCCAAGGCGCCGUUCUCGGCGUUGGUUGAUGUGCACGGCUUCAACGAGCUCCUCAACGCAUACGCCUCUGAGGGCAACUUUGCUGCCUGUACCCAUCUGCUCGAACACAUGCGUGCCAGCCCUGAGCGAGCACCCAACGAAGCGACCUUUGCCAACCUCUUGCGAGCAUGCAACACCCUGGACGACAUCGAAACCGUGCAGGACAUGGGCACGGUACUGUGGGCCUCGAAUCAACGCCCGACAGUUGUUUUCUGGAACCACAUCAUGGACUCAUAUCGUCGCAUCGGCCGCCCGGAUCUCGCCGAGACGACCUUGCGCCAGAUCAUGGCACCAGCAAUCCCCGAUUUGGUCUCCUACAACACCUUGAUGACGGCCUGGUGUGAAGAAAAUGCCUACUACCGCGCGAAGAAGAUCUUCCGCGAGAUAACGCAGCCAUCUCGGCACCCAAACCAGGGUCCGGAUAUGCAAACUUUCAACAUACUCGUCGGCGGUGCCUUGAAAUCGACCGAGGUGCUGGACCUUCACAAGGAACUCAAGUUCCUGGAAAGACAAAUAUCCAAGUGGGGCAUCAGUCCGCGCCACCAAAACGACCUGCAGAUCAUGUACCGGCUCCGGGUUCUGGCCUGCAGCAACGCCCGCGAGGCCCUUGAGGUCGUUGCGGCGAUGCGGGCCCAGCGGCAUACUCCCUCGAGCCACGUCCACACCGCUGUCCUGACGGUGUGUCGCCUCGCCGGCGACACGGACACGGCCAAGGACUAUAUGCUGGCCUUGCGCGCAGGCCGGGACCGACACUACAUGAACGCCUACAUCUACCAAGCGUACAUUGCGUGUCUCGCCCAAGUUGGCGAUAUGGAUGCUAUUGCCGAGUGCCUGUCGUGGAUGGACGAGGCCGACAUGGCCGCCCUGGUGUCGCUACAGGAGCUCAUGACCAUCGCCAUGGUCAUGAGUGGUGCACUGGACGAGGCCUGUAGCAAUGCCGGCCGAAGCAUUCGGUGCUGGGGCAUCAUUCUCAACCACCACAUCAACACGGGCAACGACGUGGCCUUUCUCGGUGCUCUUGCGCGAAUCCCGGCUUGGUUUGAGCCAAACCUCUGGGACGAAUCCUGUCUCGUGGCCAUACUGAUGAAGUUUUGCCUGCGAUUCCAGAGACUCGACGAAGCCCAGCGCUUGUGGGAAUACGUGGUUGGGGGCCAAACGAGCGGCGACCAUGCCUUGGCUGCGAUCACGAGCGUAUCCCCGGAUAAGAUCGGCUUUUCUAACCUCGGCCCGAACGAAAGUUUGAUGUGUCUCUAUAUCGACCUGCAUCGGUACCUCUCGAAUGGUUGCCAGAGACUCGACGAACUAUGGGCUCAAGUGACCACGUCCGGAUUCCGGUUCAUAGACUCCCACCACCGCCCUAAGGCACACAGUACCACAGGCAUCGAGUGGCCGACAGACAACAUGUACACCUCGAGGAUCGAGUGCCUCUGCCACCUCGGCCGCCACCAUGAAGCAUUCGAGCUGUUUGUCCGCAUGGUUCGUCACCAAGAAGCGAGACUCCCGAGUCAGAAAACCUUUCGGCGGUUGCUGGGGCUGUUGCGCAGUGCGGGGCAGUCGCAGUACGUCCGACGACUGCACGAUCUGGUCGACAGCACCAACUUGCCUUUCAAGUUUACACUUUACAUAUAGCAAAUGGGCACGUUCCCUAUCACACUGGCGAAUGGUCAUGGCCUGCGCGCAAUGGUAUUGGGUAACAAACUAUCAAGUUCAUGGUCAAAAACACGGGUGUUCCGUUUGGAUAGCCUGUAUGCGGCCGUCGCCGAGCGGAGCCGGUUCUUCGCAAUGGCGUGUUGUUGAAUAGAGAUCUAUUGCUAGCGGG